CGCAUCCGCAUCCUUCUUCGGCACUGCAACGUGUCCUAUUCAUUAGAUCUCAUUGACGCAAGCUUAUAAUUGUACUAAAACGCUUUAGGGCUGUCAGCAAAAUGCCUUUGACGUUUGAGCUGUGUCCUGGUAGGAUGAUCGGAGGGGAUCAUCCAUGUUUUGUUAUUGCUGAAAUUGGACAAAAUCAUCAAGGAGACAUUGAGAUAGCCAAGAAAAUGAUCAAAAUGGCAAAGGACUGUGGUGCUGACUGCGCCAAGUUCCAGAAAAGUGAGCUGGAGCACAAGUUUAACAAAGGUGCAUUAGAGCGUCCUUACAAAACCAAAAACUCAUGGGGAGAUACCUAUGGGGAACACAAACGCCACCUGGAGUUUAGCCAUGAGCAGUACAGGGAGCUGCAGAAGUAUGCAAAGGAAGUGGGGAUCUUCUUCACUGCUUCGGGGAUGGAUGAGAUGGCGGUAGAGUUUCUCCAUGAGAUUAACGUACCUUUCAUCAAAGUGGCCUCAGGAGACACCAACAAUUUUCCUUAUCUGGAAAUGGUCGCCAAGAAAGGACGUCCCAUGGUGGUGUCCACUGGAAUGCAGUCCAUGGAGACGAUACGUCGAGCGUACAAGACAGUGAAGGAUCAUAACCACAACUUUGCCAUCUUACAGUGUACCAGCACCUACCCUCUUGAGCCUCAAGAUGUCAACCUCAGAGUGAUCGCAAAAUACCAGAAAGAAUUUCCUGAUAUUCCAAUUGGGUAUUCUGGCCACGAGUCUGGAAUCAUUAUUUCAGUGGCGGCUGUUGCCAUGGGGGCAAAGGUUGUAGAGCGUCACGUCACACUGGACAAGACUUGGAGGGGAAGUGACCACGCAGGUUCUCUGGAGCCUUCUGAACUGGCUGAGAUGAUUCGGUCCAUCCGAUUGGUGGAGCUCGCACUAGGAACUGGAAUCAAGACGAGGUUACCCUGCGAGGAGCCGUUCCACAGAAAGCUGGGGAAGUCUGUGGUGGCCAAGGUGAAGAUCCCCAAAGGAACUGUCCUCAGUCCAGAUAUGUUGGCAGUGAAGGUGGCAGAGCCCAUGGGCGUAGCGGCUGAGGACAUCUUCCAGCUGGUUGGCAAAACUGUCACUGAGGAUGUCGGUGAAGAUGAGAGCAUCACACCCGAGGUGGUGGAUGGUCUUUGAAUAUUUUCCAAAAUAUGUCUCAUCGUUUUGGGAGGGGAUUUCUCCCACAACGUAGCAAGUUGUUACUGUAUAAUCAUUGUUCAGAAGUCAGCAGCUUGUAUGAAAUGUUACAAAUUGUGAAUGGAAUGUGCAAAUUUGCUUGAACUAAAUUAUACUAUUACCGCAUUUUCCGAAUUAAAAGUUGUUCCAGUAUAAAUGAGUAUAAAUUGCACCAGCCAUAAAAUGCAUAAUAAAGAAGAAGAAAACAAAAACACAUAUAAGUCGCAGCGUAGAAUAAGUUGCAUUUUUGGGGGACAUCUAUUUGAUAAAAUCCAACACCAAGAAUAGGCAUGUCACCUUGAAAGGCAAUUUAACGUAAAAAUAGAAUAAGCAACAACAGGCUGAAGAUACGGAAUGCUAACAUUACAUAAACACAUAAACAAGGAACUGAGAACGUUAUUGCAAUAUUCGUGCCCAGCUGACGUGAAGCAUAGUCUAACUGUGCAAGGGGAUGGGCUUCACCAAGUGUUGAUAUUUUCAGACAAAAGGGAGACAUCUCUUCAAAUAAUGCUGUUUGAAUGAAGAAGCCUUUUCCUUAUACUAUGUGUUUCCCACAAGUUACCACAAAGAACACAAAUACCUGCUAAUCUAGACUGGAACAUGUAUAUCCAACAUGGCCCAUAGCCUACUCUAGCAAACUGUGCAAAAUAAAACGGGCUUCUUAUUUG